UUCUGACAUGUGACAUGUGUACCUUGCAUGUGUAUAUGUAAUUGUCCAUGUGAAACAAAGAUUUAUACUUGUAUUUAUAAUGCCUACUCCAGAUAAAAUACUUAUGAGAAAAAUAAAAAAGCGUGAGAAACGCAAAUUAAAGUUAAUUUCACAGAAAACAAAGGAAAGUACCGAAAAAACAUCAGAACCAGAGAAUGUUUCUGAAAAAGAUGUAAAGAAGAGGCCUCUUGAAAGUAAAGAAAAUGGACAAGUACCCAAGAAGAAAAAGAAAAAAGAGAAGCCUCAAGUAAAAGAAGAGCCAGUUGAAAUAAAAGAGGAAAAAGAAGACCCAGAAAAUGAUGCAUCUGAGGAGGAAAAUGAGACAGAGAACAAAACCGAUAAUGAAAACCAGUUACCAGGAUCAAGCUUGUGCUUAGGCAUACUUUCUGACCAAAAGUUCUCAUCAUUGGAAGGAACAGUUUGUGAAGCGACACUUAUGGGAAUAAAAGAUAUGGGUUUCACAACUAUGACGGAAAUACAGGCUAAAGCUAUACCGCCACUGUUGGAGGGAAGAGAUUUAGUGGGAGCGGCUAAAACAGGAUCGGGAAAAACAUUGGCAUUCCUCAUACCAGCUAUUGAUCUUAUUUAUAAAUUGAAAUUCAAGCCAAGAAAUGGCACCGGUGUGAUAAUCCUGUCUCCAACAAGGGAGUUAUCUAUGCAAACAUUUGGAGUGCUCAUGGAGUUAAUGAAAUACCAUCACCAUACAUACGGACUGGUUAUGGGUGGUGCCAAUAGAAGUACGGAAGCACAGAAACUUUCAAAAGGCAUAAAUAUAUUAGUAGCAACACCUGGACGUUUGCUAGAUCACUUGCAAAACACGCCUGAUUUCUUGUACAAAAAUCUACAAUGUCUUGUCAUUGAUGAAGCUGAUAGGAUUUUGGAGAUUGGUUUUGAAGAGGAAGUCAAGCAAAUCAUCAAAUUGUUGCCCAAACGUCGCCAGACAAUGUUGUUCAGUGCCACGCAAACUAAGAAAACUGAAGCACUUACAGCGCUUGCAUUAAAACAUGAACCGGUUUACGUAGGUGUUGACGAUCACCGGGAACAAGCUACUGUUGAUUCUUUGGAGCAAGGCUACAUAGUUUGUCCAUCCGAGAGACGUAUGAUGGUAUUAUUCACAUUUUUAAAAAAGAACAGAAAGAAAAAAGUAAUGGUGUUCUUCUCAACUUGUAUGUCUGUUAAAUAUCAUCAUGAACUCUUCAACUAUAUUGAUCUACCUGUCAUGUCCAUACAUGGUAAACAACAGCAAACAAAACGUACAACAACAUUCUUCCAAUUUUGUAAUGCUGAAUCUGGCAUACUAUUGUGUACGGAUGUUGCUGCAAGAGGGCUUGACAUUCCAGCUGUAGACUGGAUCGUGCAGUAUGACCCUCCAGACGACCCUAAGGAAUAUAUCCACCGUGUAGGUAGGACUGCCAGAGGAUUGGGAACGAGCGGGCACGCUCUAUUGUUCUUGCGGCCUGAAGAACUCGGCUUCUUAAGAUAUUUGAAGCAGUCUAAAGUAACGUUGAACGAAUUCGAGUUCUCUUGGAAUAAAGUUGCCGACAUACAGUUGCAGCUUGAGAAAUUGAUAUCAAGAAAUUAUUUCCUAAAUCAGUCUGCAAAGGAAGCGUUCAAGAGCUAUUUACGGGCUUAUGACUCGCAUCACCUGAAAACCAUUUUCGACAUCGACACAAUUGAUUUGGCGAAAGUUUCAAAAUCUUUUGGUUUCACGGUACCACCAGCUGUUGAACUCAAAGUAGCAAAUAAGGGACCACCCCAGAAGAGAAAGGGAGGCGGCGGCUACGGCUAUUUCAAAUCUCUUAACGCCCCUGCAAAUAGUCAAAAGAAAACAGAAAAAACUAAAAUAUACAGGCAAAAAGGAAACAACAAGAAGUUUGUAAGAUGAUUUUUAUUUAUAAUAAAUACAAUUUGUAAUAAACGUGAAUAAAUCAUUAUCACAGUUA